AUGAUUACAGUAAAUUGAUUUUCUGAUUCCCUAGGCAGCCAAACCCACUUUUUAGAUGAUAUAAAAGGUGAGACAACCACAUAUUUGCACAGAGGGGCAUAGACUCCUUCCCUCUGACUUCUGCUUUUGUGGAUCAGCUUAUUAACUUCUUACAUUUAUCUUUAGUCCAAAAUUUAUCAAAAUGAGUAGGAGCCAGUCAUUUGGUAGUAAGUCUGUGUCAGGCAGCAGGAGCUUUACAGCUUCUUCACUUGGAGGAGGAGUAAGAGCCAGCUUCAGUUCAGUUUCUGUGUCAAGAGGAAUAGGGGGUGGAGGUGGUGGUGGUGCUAGUUUUGGACGUUCUGGUGGUUUUGGCUCUAGGAGUUGUUAUUCCCUUGGUGGAAGUAGGAGAAUAUCUAUUAGUCCUGGUGGAGGUGGUUUAGGUAUGGGCUUUGGUGGAGGAGCUGGAGGAGGAGGAUUUGGUAGUGGAAUUGGAGGUGGAUAUGGUGGAGGGGGACUUGGUGGUGGAAUUGGAGGUGGAUAUGGUGGAGGGGGACUUGGUGGAGGAUUUGGUGGACCUGGAGGAGGCUUUCCAGAUGGAGGUUUUGGUGGCCCAAAUUUUCCUGUGUGCCCACCUGGUGGAAUUCAACAAGUAACCAUUAACCAGAGCCUGCUUGCACCUCUUAAUUUGGAAAUUGAUCCAACUAUUCAAAAAGUGAGAACAGAAGAAAGGGAGCAGAUUAAGACCCUCAACAAUAAAUUUGCCACCUUUAUUGACAAGGUCAGAUUUUUGGAGCAACAAAAUCAAGUUCUCAAGACAAAGUGGAGCUUCCUGCAGGAACAGGGAACAAAAGGUGGAACAAGAAGGAGCAAUGUUGAGCCUCUUUUUGAAGCCUAUAUCAGUAACAUGAGGCGACAACUAGAAUCAUUAAUAAAUGACAAAUCUCGUCUGGAUGGGGAACUAAGAAGCAUGCAAGACCUUGUGGAUGAUUACAAAAACAAAUAUGAGGAUGAGAUUAACAAGCGUACAACUGCUGAAAAUGAAUUUGUGGUCCUCAAGAAGGAUGUGGAUGCUGCAUAUAUGAACAAGGUGGAACUGGAGGGCAAAACAGAUCUUUUGACUGAUGAGAUCAACUUCUUAAGAACACUCUAUGAUGCAGAAAUGAGUGAGCUUCAAGGCCAGAUCUCUGACACUUCAGUCAUUCUUUCUAUGGACAACAACAGAAUUCUCGAUUUUGAUGGCCUCAUUGGUGAGGUGAAAGCUCAGUAUGAAGAGAUUGCACAGAGAAGCAGAGCAGAGGCUGAAGCAGCAUAUGCCAUGAAGUUUCAACAACUACAAGAAACAGCAGGUCAACAUGGUAACAGUCUUAAAACCAGCAAGACCGAGAUAGCUGAUCUGAACCGUAUGAUCCAAAGACUGAGGGCUGAAAUUGAAAGCGUGAAGAAACAGUGUGCUAAUCUGCAAACAGCGAUCACAGAGGCUGAAGAACGAGGUGAGUUGGCUAUAAAAGAUGCCCAGAAGAAACUAGAUGAACUCCAGGCUGCUCUUAAAAAGGCAAAGGAAGAUAUGGCUAAGCAGUUGCGUGACUACCAGGAGCUGAUGAAUAUGAAACUGGCUCUGGAUAUUGAAAUCGCCACCUAUAGAUGCAUGCUGGAAGGAGAAGAGAGCAGGAUGUCAGGAGAGAUCACAAACCCAGUUAACAUCUCUGUGGUCAGUGGUACCACCUCAUACAGUAUGGGAGGAGGAGGAGGAGCAGGAGGCGGAUUUGGAGCUGGAGGAGGUGGAUUUGGAGCUGGAGGAGGUGGAUUUGGAGCUGGAGGAGGUGGAUAUGGUGCUGGCGGUGGUGGAUAUGGAGCUGGCGGUGGUGGAUACGGAGCAGGAGGUGGUGGAUACGGAGGAGGAGCUGGUGGAUACGGAGGAGGAGCUGGUGGAUAUGGAGGAGGAGCUGGUGGAUACGGAGGAGGAGCUGGUGGAUAUGGAGGAGGAGGAAAUGAUUAUGUAUCUGGAGGAGGUGGUGGAUAUGGAGGAGGAUACUCUGUGAGUGGUGGAGGAAGCGGAGGAGAUUACAGUAGUGGAGGUGGUGGCUUCAGCUCUUCAAGCAGGCAAGGCGUAACACUUAUCUCCAAAACAUCCUCUUCUUCAUCAUCCAGAAAAAUAAAUUAAAUCUGCCUUUACCCCAAGUUUCUUUCUGUCUGCUAUAUUAUGUUUUUCUCUCCUACAUGCCACACCUCAUUCCAACAAUAUCAUGCAGCCAUUGCCAUUGAAAACCACUUAUAUUUAUGACAUUUCAACAUAUUCUGUUACGAGCUGGAGCCCUCCUCCCAUUAUUGUCUUCCCAAGUGAACGCUGCCACUUCAGUUAUAAACUCAUCAUCACUGUUAACUAGUAGAUCCAUCACCAUCUAAACCACAAGCUGAUCCACACCAUAUAGGCAGUUGUAAUGAACACAUUGAUUAUGUCAAGAAGUUAAUUUGUUCAGUUAGAAUAUCACCAUUACCAUAAAACAUGAACAAUGACCGGUUAAGAUAUCUUCUGUUUACAUCAUCUUAGUGCUGUAAAUUUUGUUUAAUGUCAGUCCAGCAAACAGUAGAGCGCUACUAUAGACAACAAGGCUGGCUAUCAGAAUUGUCCUGUUUUUUUUAUCCUAUAGCAUCACUAAAAUACGUAGUGACACCUGUUUCCACUUGCCUUUAAAAUCUAUCUC